GAAUGCCGAAACGAAGGGGCUAAUGAGCACCAGAGAGGGAGGAUCUAUAACUUCCAGAUGGCAACGAGCCCGUAAUCCCUUUGGGAUGAAUUAGGGACUCGUCAACGCAGCAGAGCCUGCUGAAGGGAGCAAAGCACACCACCUCUGGCUCCAGGAGUGCUGUGAGAGGCUGAGGGCAUCCCAAUGCUGCCAGCGCUGGACACCCUGCCCCGAGCUGCCUGGCUUUGUCUCACAGAGCUCUUGUGCUGCUGCGAGCCUGUCCCCGAGCACUGAAGUAAUUUUUGUUUUAACUGAUUGCAUGUUCUCCAACCAAACCCCAUAUGGGUCCUGCUCCUCCUGAUGCAGAAAGGGACUUCUGCCCUUAACAGAAAGACUUCUUCCCUCUGGUUUUUAUGCCCUGUGGGAUUGUAAAGUGUCUUUCCUCCUGGAUUUCAUCUCUCAUCAAAGUGUGUUUUGAGGAAUUAGGGGUUUAUUCCCAUGGCUUUAUAAACCUCUGGGAUCUGAGGGUUUCUACGUUGCCGCUGCUCCCACCUGCCUGCGAUGGGGCGCGAGCAGGAGCUGAUCCAGGCCGUGAAGAACGGGGACGUACCUGGAGUGCAGAAGCUGGUGGCCAAGAUCAAGGCGUCCAAGAGCAAGCUCCUGGGAUCUGCCAAGCGCCUGAACGUGAACUACCAGGAUGCAGACGGGUUCUCAGCGCUGCACCACGCAGCCCUGGGCGGCAGCCUGGACCUCAUCUCGCUGCUGCUGGAGGCGCAGGCCACCGUGGACAUCAAGGACAGCAACGGGAUGCGGCCCCUGCACUACGCGGCGUGGCAGGGCCGCCUGGAGCCCGUGCGGCUGCUGCUCCGCGCCGCCGCCUCCGUCAACAUGGCCUCGCUGGACGGGCAGAUCCCGCUGCACCUCUCGGCGCAGUACGGCCACUACGAGGUGUCGGAGAUGCUGCUCCAGCACCAGUCCAACCCGUGCCUCAUCAACAAGGCGAAGAAAACCCCGCUGGACUUGGCCUGCGAGUUCGGGAGGCUGAAGGUGGCCCAGCUGCUGCUGAACAGCCAUCUGUGUGUCGCCCUGCUGGAGGGACAAUCCAAGGAUGCCACUGACCCCAACUACACCACUCCGCUACAUCUGGCAGCCAAGAACGGGCACAAGGAGAUCAUCAGGCAGCUGCUGAAGGCUGGGAUUGAGAUCAACAAGCAGACAAAGACAGGCACAGCCCUGCAUGAGGCCGCGCUCUACGGCAAAACAGAGGUGGUGCGGCUCCUGCUGGAGGGUGGAGUUGAUGUGAACAUCCGGAACACCUACAACCAGACAGCACUGGACAUUGUCAACCAGUUCACCACCUCACACGCCAGCAAGGACAUCAAGCAGCUGUUGAGAGAGGCAUCAGGAAUCUUGAAGGUCCGAGCUUUGAAGGAUUUUUGGAACCUCCAUGACCCAACUGCUCUCAACGUCCGAGCAGGAGAUGUCAUCACGGUCCUGGAGCAGCACCCAGAUGGCCGAUGGAAGGGGCACAUCCACGACGCUCAGAAAGGCACCGACCGGGUCGGGUACUUCCCCCCCUCCAUUGCUGAAGUCAUCAGCAAGAGGACAGGCAUGGUUGUGCCCCGCGUGGCACCCGAGGGCCUGCUGGAGUUGAGGUGUGACAAAGCUGGUCUCCAGAGUUGGGUCCUCCCUCCACUCACUCCUCCUCUCCCUCAGCCUCUGCCCUCCACCGGUGACAACCUCCAGCAACACCUUUUGGGAUCAGAGCCACACAAUGGGACCUCCCCAGCAGGGCCACAGGGCCUCCAGACCCCAGGCAGCUGCCCCCCUGGAGACAGGGUCUUCUCCCACCAGUUCUUGCGUCCUGAGCAGCUCCUCGAGGGGAAGGAUGCAGAAGCCAUUUACAACUGGCUCCGUGAGUUCCAGCUGGAAUCAUACACUCUCAACUUCAUCAACGCUGGCUACGAUGUCCCCACCAUCAGCCGCAUGACCCCGGAGGAUCUGACAGCCAUCGGUGUGACCAAACCAGGCCACAGGAAAAAGAUCUCUACAGAAAUCGGGCAGCUCAGCAUUGCUGAGUGGCUGCCCAACUACAUCCCGGCUGACCUGAUGGACUGGCUCAGUGCCAUUGGGUUGCCCCAGUACCACAAAAAGCUGGUGAACAACGGCUACGAUUCCAUCACCAUAGUGACAGACCUGACAUGGGAAGACCUGCAAGAGAUUGGCAUCAACAAGCUGGGCCACCAGAAGAAGAUCAUGUUGGCUGUCAAGAAGCUCAGAGACCUCCGCAAAAGCCUCAAUCAAGCAGAAGCAACUUUGGCAAGACGCAAAGUCCCCGGUUCCCUGGACAUUGUCACCAUUGAGUCGCUGGAAAACGGGGAGUGCCAGUCCCCACACACGCUCAAAAUGACAACCUUCCAGGACAGUGAGCUCAGCUAUGAGCUCCAGACGGCCAUGUCCAACAGCUGCCACGACACACUCGGCAUCAAGAGCAGCCAGGGAAUGUCACGGAGCCAGGAGAGCAUCGGGGUGCGGUCGCGGGGCUCGGGGCACUCGCAGGACAACGUGCUGUCCCGGCGCCUCUCCAGCCCCUCGCAGGAGAGCCUGGGCAGCGGUGAGAGCAGCAGCAGCAGCGGGCAGUCCUGCGCACCCCCCCGCAGCAAGGAGAGCCCGGCCAGCCUGCCGGGCCGGCCCAGCCCCGAGCCCUACGGGAAGCUCGUGUCCCCCGAGGGGCUGAACGGCUUUGCCAAUGGUGGCGGCGGGGGCAGCCCUCUCAAGGAGAGGAACCUGCCCGAAGGAACGGAUCAGUACACCCGGCCUACGGCUCAGAAAGGAGCUGGGACUCCAGCGGUCACUCCCUGUACUCCUCCCCAGACUCCCAGCAAGGGAACAGCCCCGUACGUCUUCAUGUACCCACACGUCUCCCUGAAAUCCCCGACGGCCCCGUCCGUCCUGGGAGCAGAGCAGCCCAAGGCCCUAGCACAUCUCCCCUCCAUCUCCCCUGCACAGAAGAGCAGCCUGCAGACGUCAGCCCAAAAAGGCUUCUCCUACCUGCACAGCCAGUGCGGCCCCACAGAGCCACCCAGCACAGCCCCCACGGCUGGGGAGCAUCACAACGGAGGCGAAGGCCUGAAGCACAAGAAGCGCUCGCACAGCCUGAACCGCUACGCGCUGUCGGACGGGGAGCACGAGGAGGAGGAGGGGGCCCCCAGCAGCACCCUGGGCUCCUACGCCACGCUGACGCGGCGGCCGGGCCGCAGCCAGAUGCCGCGGGCCUGUCUGCAGGCGGACGCCAAGGUGACCCGGAGCCAGUCCUUCGCCAUCCGGGCCAAGCGCAAGGGGCCUCCCCCGCCGCCGCCCAAGCGCCUCAGCUCCGUGUCCAGCGCCCUCGCUGCCGAGGCAGACGGGGAGCAGCCCCCCAGCCCCGAGCGCCAGCCCACGGCCCCUCAGGACGUGGCUGACGGAGGUGCCACCCCCAGCGAUGCUGGCCGUGGCAGGACCGUGAAGAGCCUGGCGGCUGCGCUGGAGGGAACACCAGGUGUGAGUCCCUCCAAGCCCCUCCUGGCCCCAAAACCGCUGCACCUGACUCGGGACUGUCUCCCCCGGGCAGAUGUGGGUGAGGGGUCCCACGAUGGCAGUGACACCAGCGGUGCCACACUUUCCAAUGGCAGCAGGGACCCCUUUGAGAGCGGCAAGCCACGGAGACGGACAGUGAGUGAGCCCAGCGCUCCUAUGACAGAGGUGGCUGCACAGGGUGAGCAGGAGGAUGCCUGCUCAGACACUGAGGAGGAGGCCAAGCCAGGGGUCUCCUCUUCAUCGUCCCAGAACAGCUCCAGUGAGUGCAUCCCCUUUGCAGAAGAAGGCAAUUUAACCAUCAAACAGCGGCCAAAGCCCAGCGGGCACUCCAAGGCUGACGCGGCCGUGCCGGACAUGGAGCCUGGUUCCCAGCCAGCAGAGCCGCAGGGCUCCGGUGGGAAGGAGGCAGCAGCCCCCGCUGGCAGCAAGGAGCCGCCCGUGCUGGAGUUCAACCUCACCGAGUCGGACACGGUGAAGCGCCGGCCGCGCUUCCGGGAGCGGGAGCCGCUGCAGGCGGUGCUGAAGGCGUUCAGCAUGGCGGGGCAGGCCGAGGCGGGGGGCACCCCCACACCCCAGUAUGCCCAGGCCCAAGCCGUGAGCAUCGCGGGCCCCCCCACCUCAGCACCAGCACCACAGCCCACGCUGGCUGGGGAUGCCUUUGAUGAUGACAGUGUGGAGUUCAGGAUUGCUGAGAUAGAGAAAAGCAUCUUGUCGCUGGAGAAAGGGAUGAAGAAGGCCCCAAGUCCCACCAAAGCCCCCAGCCCCACAGAGCUGGUUGGCACAGCUGUGGUGAGGACACCCACUCCAGAUGUCCCUGCCAAGCACACCUCCGUGGCAUCCACCAAGCUCGUCUUCUCUGGACCCAAGACCAUCUACCAGCAGGUCCUGCAGCCCUCCCGCCACACUGUUGCCCCCUGGGCGGCCACCGAGGCGGUGCCAGAUGUGAUCGGGGCCCUGCCCGCUCCUGGCUCACUGACAAUGGAAACAGGCAGCAAGGUAUCAGCCAAGCCUUUGGCAGCUGCCCCGGGGGCCACCCUGGCCCAGCAGCGGCUGGAGCAGACCAACUCCAGCCUGGCUGCCACGCUGCAGGCGGCCGAGAAGAAGAUCACAGUGGAGGAGGCAGAGAGCCACCCUGGAACCGUGCACUCGGCCAAGAACAUUUUGGAAGACAUCAGCAACAUGUUCGACGACCUGGCUGACCAGCUGGAUGCAAUGCUGGACUGAGGCUUGCUCCCUCCUUCCCCUCCCCGCCCCGGCUGCUCCAGCAGUGCCCUCGCGAUGGGGGAGGAGUGGAUCCAGCACCGAGCGGUGCCUGCAGCUCUCUCCAGCCGCCUCCCUCCCCACACUUUGCACUGAGGCUGGGAACGAAGCUGCCCUCCUUGCCCGCCCUUGGCUCUGUGUCACAUGUGACAGCGUGGCCUUGGGCCGGUUUCUGAGGGGGUCAGGCAUUUCCCACCAGACUGGCAGCAGGAGGAGAGCCCAGAGGGGCUGCACAUGCAGUGCUGGAGGCCACGGAGAAGCCCUUGCUCCCUUGCACAGAGCUGAGGAGCCUCCACAAGGGACCUUUCUCUUUCCCUACUGCAUUGUCAGAGUCCUGCAUCUUAUUAUUUAUGCCCUGCCAACAAAGUGUCACAGGAGAGACCUCCCCGGGCCGCCGCCAGGGAGCUGGCGAUUCACUGUGCAGCCGCAGCCCCGGCCAGGCCUGACAGCAGCUAAAAGAAGACAGGGCUUGUUGCAAUUUGGCAGCUUGCAGAGCGAGAAGGAACCUUUCUGCUUUAUUUGCCGCUUUUCCAAACGCGUCAGCAUCGGCAGCGUGGAAUCCGAGUGGAUGGAAAUCCCUCCAGUGGGACCCUCAGACCCCUGGAGAUGGGGCUGGCACAGCCUGCAGAGCAGCGGAUGCUCUGCCACGGCCAUGCUGGAUGUGUGAGCCUUCCUGCCCCUUCCCAGAGUGAUGAGGAUGGGAAUGGCAGUGCCAAAAACCUGGGAAUUUGGGCCAGUCCGUCUGGAUCGUGCUGCUCAAUGGAGUUUGCCCUCUGCCAACACAGUGCCUACGCAAACCCCCACCCUGGUCCUUCCAGAGUGCAGCAGCAGCAGCAUGAUUAACGCUUUUAAAUUCUUUCCUCCCCUCCCUUAUCCCUUUUUUUUGGGAGAAAACAGUCCCUUUUCCCGGUGCCCCUCCCCGCAGGGAGCUGCUGGCACAAUCCCCGCCGUGAGCGUUGUUGUGCAGUAGCAGCGCUUGGGACGCGAUCCUUCCUUCCCGCGGCUCUGCGGCCCGGCGGGGGAGCUGACCCCGCAUGCACCGGGAAUCGGGCUCGGGAGCCCGCGGAGCUCUCUGCGGCCGGGCGGGAGCAGCGGCUGCAUCGCUCCCAGACACAUUUCUCUCGCAGGAUCUGCUCACUAGUGCAUGGCUAAAUAUGUCCAAGAGCCCCGAACUUGGCUCGCGCUCGGCAUGCCAAGCAAAUGAAAGCAUCAGAGCACCAGAAGGGAACCGAAGAUUGUGCUGAAGUGCCAUUUGCUACAAAAAUUCCAAACAACGGGAAAGAAAAUUCCACGCGUUUCCCUUUUCUUUUUUUAAAAAAAAAUCACCAAUGCAAAUCCAAACCAGAGAGGGAGAAGGAGGCUGAGAAGGCAGCUGCUUCCCAAUCCUGUUGGGAGAUUGCAGCCCUUGUGCUGUUGGAUGGAAGGGGGGCAAAGCCCACCUGAGCAUUCCUGAGCGUCUCUGCUCCUGAGGGCAGCUGUGCCAUGGGCUGCACAGCCAAGAGGUGCCAGCCUGGUUUCUGGGCUGAAAAGCAAAGACAAUAAGCCCUGAAAAAAUGUAAAAUCCCAUUGUUGUUUGGGACUUGAGGUCAGUGUGAGGCAGGUAAGACACUUCUUCUUCCCUGGCUCUGAUUUCUGUCCCACACUGAGUGCAUCCACUGCCUGUGUCUGAGUGCCACAUCAUGGACAUGAUGAUUUCAAAUAGCUACGACCAGUGGCACUUUAUAAAGAGGUUCACAGAAACCUUUUAAAACUGAUUUUUACUCUCACGAGUCAACUUGGGACAAGCCCAGUUGGUUUUUUUUUUCCAAUGUUGAUAAACUGUAAAUGUUUUUUUUUUAAAGGCCAAUGUAUAUAUUUUAAAUGUGAUUUAUUCUAUAUAUUUACUAACCAGAACUGCAAGUCUUGGGUCAGGGAUAAGAGGACACUGGGGUGGAGCUGCCGCUGUCUGAGCCACCUGAGGGCAGCACUACGCUGCUCUCAUUGUCAAUAAGGGAACUAAACAUUUGAUUUUGCAGAAGAAUGCCUAUUUUUUGAGCUCUAGAUCUCUAUUUUGAAGCUACUGUAUGGUGUGUAAGUUAUGUACACUGCACUGGGACUAACUGACCCCAGCUGCACCUGCUCCGUGCAGCGAGACAGUGAGGGGAAAAAAUAGCCCAUGUAAUCACCAGACUGACAACAGAUUCUAAACCAUCUGCUCUGUUUGUGUUAAUCAUGUGUUUUGUUUUCCACUAACAUCCAUUAAGACUAAAUUCUAUUAAACAGUGGGGCAUAUUUUACCCUUUUUAUAGUUUUGCCUAGUUGUUUGCUUUGUGUGAAAUGGGACAAACUUGUUUCCUACUGCUUGAAGUCCAUUGAAGAUCAGCUUUAUCCUGUCCCCUGAGUGCUCCAGGUUCCUCAGAUAUUCUCCCCUAGUGAGUCCCAGUCAUGCCCAGUGGGGUGAAUGUUCAGUGUGAGUCUCACUAUCACGACAGUAACAUGGUGACAGUGCUGGUGUCCCAGUGUCCCAGUGCCCAGCUCUGCCCAUGUGCCACCUCCACCAUCCCAUGUGCCAGGCAGAGCAUUCCUCCCUCCUCCUGCCUGCUCAGUGUGGCCACUGUCACCCCAGUGCCUUUUCCAGCUGCCCCCAACCUUCCACCCACCCAGAGGGAUUCACACUGUGCCUCCAGCCUCGACUGAAGCAGUGCCUGGGAUCCAGGAAACCAAACUUUGUAGGAAGAGGCUUUCAGAGAUGGACAGAUUUGCCCAAAGCUGAGCAGAAACUGGGAAAAAGGCCAGAACUGGAUCCCAGCAGCAUCAAGCUCUGGCUGUGUCCCUAAAACAGGAAAAUCACACCCUGUGACCCCAGCAGCCACAGACAUUUUUACCUCCUUCCUUUGCUGGGUGCAAACUCGUUCCCAACUCUUGGGUGUGUUAUCCAAGACAAUCAUUUAUUGCCAUUCAUAUAUUGGAUGCUUGUGGGUCUGGGUUUGUUUCUUUUUUUUUUUUUCCUUUUUUAUACAAUUUACAGGUUUUAAUACAAAUGAAAUAUUUUUACAUACAUCCCAAAAAAUUUAAUAUAAAAUAUACAGCAUUUAAAAACAUCUUGAUGUAGGAAAUUUCCUUCUGAAGCCAUGCACUCUGAGCCUUAGACACUUCAAUGGCUGAGGGAAGGGUGGCACUGGCAA